AUGUCUGCUGACCCAACGCGGCCAGAGUUUUGCUCCAACCUCGAUGCGUUCUACAGCCGGUUCGGCUUGGACCCAGGACUCCCCGCCGCCUACCCGUUCGACACGCACAUGUACCCAAUCCUAGCCGGGCCCAUCAGCCCCUCUGGCCAGAUGAGUCUCCUGGCCUACAUGAGUGCCGAAUUUGCCUCGGACCAGCUGCCAGCGCGGGACUCGCGGCGGCAGGGCGCGUGGCCGGAAAAGGAGUCGCUCUAUCUGGCCCAGUUGCCAGCCGACGACACCUUUGCGCCCCCACUGCAUCAUCACCAGCAUCAUCACCAGCACCAUCACCAGCACCAGCACCAGCCCCAGCACCAGCACCAGCACCAGCAUCAGAAUCAGCACGCGUUCCAGCACGGCAAGAGUGGUCUGCUGGCGGGCCCCGGCCCGGGCUGCUUCCCCGUCGACGGAGACCUGCGCCACCAAGCCGAGAGUUUCGGCCAGCACUUGUUCCUGGGCAGCACCAGCGACGACGCCGUCCAUCACGAGGGCGCGUUUGCCGACUCGGGCUGGGACCACGGCGCCGCGAGGACCGGGUACAAGGGCCCGCAGGAGGGCGCUACCGUCGAGUGGGAGGCGACGGACUCGAGUUUCCCUCACCCAGCCGCGGGGGCUUGCUUGAAGCCCUUUGGGCAGGAGCCGACGCCGAGACCCUCCUCGAGGGCUUACUUUACCCCCACGAGGAUAUCUGAGGCGGGGCACGAUCACAUGCCACCCGGGCCGGGGCACGCCCUGCAGAAGGCGUGUCCGCACGGCCACGACUCUGACCUUUACGGCUGGAAGAGGGGGGCCGCCGCCGCCGCCGCCGUCUCGCCGGCGUAUGCGCAGCACUCGGUCACGUGGCCAGUUCUCAGGACACGGACGAGAUCCAUGGGGGGGCGGGUGCGGUCGUCAUGUCGAGGAGUCCCCUCGCUCGAGUAUGCCGGGUCGGCGCUGGGCGAGCAAAGGACGCUGGCGACGGUCAGCCCGCGGCGCGAGAAGCUGACGGGGGAGCAGAAGCGGCGGAACCACAUCCUGCACGAGCAGAAGCGCCGGGCCAUGAUCAAGGACGGCUUCGAGGAUCUGCUGAGCCUGGUGCCGGGCCUGAAGGACCGAGGCCUCAGCAAGUCGGCUAUACUCGGCAAGGCUGCCGAGUGGCUGCGGGGCCUGCUGUGCGGGAACAAGCUGCUGCUCGCCCAGGCUGCCGGGUUGGAAUCGGAAUCGGUCUCGGGGACGAGCUUGCCGACGGUGGCGGCGGGACGGCGGCCGCGCCGCUUCGAGUGA